AUAUUAUCCACACCCCUACUGCGUCUGUCGCAAGGACGUCUGGGAUUGGAACUGUUUUGCGAGGAUCUGAAUCACACACAGGCGGCCUAGAAAUUAGUCAUUUUCUACAUUGCAGUUACUUACUGUGAUUAUUGAUUAGCCCACGUUUUUGGAAUGAAUAUUAAUAUUUUUAGGCAUAUUCUAAAGACGGAGAACUGUUCGUUUCCGUCAUUCAUGACUGCGUACAGGACGCACGGACGUUUUGUUUCACAAUUGGGAAGCUAAUUUAGUUAGCCAACCGUGGCUACAUCUAAUUCCUAAGGCAUUAUUGUGGGCGGCUCGCUAAGCAGGCAAUGUGGCUAGCCUACGUGUGGACUCGAAGAACAUCUGCCAUCUGAAUACCACAAACGGAAAACGUCCAGGGGGGAACAAAAUCGGGACUGUCUUAACAUUUUAGAGAAGGCGAUCGGAAAUCGCGAGUGCGGUCGGAUUUUCUUAUUCCUUUUAUGUGUUUACCAGCUAGCUGACCUAGCUAUCCACUAAUGCACAAACAUGGACGAUAGUACGGAGCAAGUAGAAUCGGACGAUGCCGUUAUCAUCGUGGAAAAUGAGGCAGAGAGCAUGCCAGUUCAAGAGAAGAGUGCAAAACCCCAAAAUACACCCAAUUUGCUGGACACUUGCGCCGUAUGUAGUUUGAAUUUCAACAGCCGCGAGCCUAAACUGCUGCCAUGUCUCCAUUCUUUUUGCAAGAAGUGUCUGCCGUCACCGUCCAGGAGUUUGGUCCUGCACGAUCAAACCGGGACCCCGCAACUUCAGGGUGACAACGCCAGUAAGCCACUCAACGUGAUCCGGUGCCCGGUGUGCAGACAGGAGUGUAUGGAGGUGGACGUGAUGGACAACUUCUUUGUGAAGGACUCCAUGGAGGUUCCCAGCAGCACCGUUGAGAAGACCAGCCAGCAGCUGUGCACGAGCUGCGAGGACAACACGGAGGCGUCGGGCUUUUGCGUGGAGUGCGUGGAGUUCCUGUGCGUCACCUGCAUCGAAGCCCACCAGAGGGUGAAGUUCACCAAGGACCACAUCAUCCGGCAGAAGGAGGAGGUUUCUCCAGACGCGAUGAGCGUUUCUAGCCAGAAGCCCGUGUUCUGCGACAUUCACAAGCAGGAGCCCCUGAAGCUGUUCUGCGAAACCUGUGACCGUUUGACCUGCAGGGACUGUCAGCUCCUCAAGCAUAAAGACCACAAUUACCAGUUUUUAGAAGAUGCCUAUAAAAACCACAGAGAGCACAUGGUCAACAUGACACUUCAGCUGCAGGAGAAGAAGAAGGCCAUUGAAGAAGUGUCCAAUUCCAUUAACAAUGGACUCCUGCAGGUGGAUGAAAACCGCAAGUCUGUACAUAAUGAAAUCAAGAAGUCCAUCUGUGCUUUAAUUUUGGAGAUUAACAGGAAAGGGAAGAUCCUGGUCAAUCAGCUGGAGGGCCUGAUGAAGGACCACGAGAGCGGCCUGAGGAAGCAGCAGGAGGACGUCAGCUCGCUCUCCCGUCACCUCAAUCACGUCAUCAACUUCACCAAGUGGGCGACGGCCAGCAGCAGCGGGACCGCCCUCCUGUACUCCAAACGGCUGAUUCUGUUUCAGAUUCAGAACCUCCUGAGGGCUCGCUGCAAUCCCUCUUUCGUUCCCCAGAGCAUGGUGCGUUUCCAGUGCCGCUCGGGAUUCUGGGCCUCCAACGUCGAUCUGGGCUCUCUGGUGGUGGAGAACGUGCCGGCCCGCCAACAGGUGGGGAUCCAGAACUUUCCGUAUCAGCUGAACCAGCCGUUGCAGAGACCGGGGGACCCCAGCAUCGGAGGCGGAGGGGGUGGCGGCGGCUUUCCCCCGGGCCCCCCCCAGCAGCGCAUGGGGUCUCACAGCACCCUGGCCCAGCUGCAGAUGCAGGUGGAGAAGCUGGCCCACCAGCCCAACCGCCAGCCGCCCCCGCCCUCCUCCCACUGGGCCUGGUACCAGAACGUGCGUCUCCAGAGGCCGCCGCCCACCCGGCCCAUCCAGGGGGGGUCCCCCUCGCAGAGCCUGUCGGGCCCCUCCCAGCAGGUCCGCCGGUUCAUGGCCCCCCACCCCCACCCCAACCCCCAGAGCCCCAACGGAACCAUGCAGAACCCCAACGGAACCAUGCAGAACCCCAACGGAACCCUGCAGAACCUCGGAUUCCCUCCUCAGACUCUGAGGGGACUCGUUAGCAGUUCCAGUAUUCCGCCGAAACCCUUGGACACCUUCCAGAACGCUUCGCGCUACUCCCACAAUGCAUCUCUCUCCAGCGCGGCUAGCCACAACCCCCAGCAUUCCCUGCAGCAGCUGAAUUUGAUGGAGUCGGCAUACCUGAACAAGAGGAACGAAGCCAGUGCCUCGUUAUCGAUGCUGCGGCCCAACUUCCCUCAGACCCUGGCGCCAUCUGUGGCAGAACGCAGCGCUCUUGGAAGGCAGAACUCUCCGAUGUCCACAGCUUCUGCUUCAGAGGGAAGACCUGGGGCUGUUUCCUGGAAGGCCCCGGAGACACAGGGCAGCGGGGCUCUGACCUCGGGGCCGCCCAAACGGAGGCGCCGGUCCUCUCCGGGACCCAUCAUCGUCAUCAAGGACGAACCCGAGGACGACGACGAUGUGCGCUUUGUGCAGUCCAGCGUCCGGGCCAGCCUCCCGGACAGCACUGGUGACCGUGCGCAGACGCAGACGCGAGCCCCCUCCCCCAGGGCGGAGCCGACAGCAGAGAGCGAGCCAAUCCAAGAGGACGACCCGAACGAGGACUGGUGUGCCGUGUGCCAGAACGGAGGGGAGCUGCUCUGCUGUGACAAGUGUCCCAAAGUCUUCCACCUGACCUGCCACAUCCCCACUCUGCUGGGCUCCCCCAGCGGGGAGUGGUUUUGCUCAUUCUGCCGGGAUCUGUCCUCCCCUGAGAUGGAGUACGACUGUGACUGCGGCCCAGAAUCCAAAGCGGUGAAGGAGGAGCCCAAUUCAGAAGGGUUUCCCCCCGUGGACAAGAGAAAAUGCGAAAGGCUGUUACUGCGCAUUUACUGCAACGAGCUGAGCACAGACUUCCAGGAGCCAGUGUCCUCUUCUGUACGUGAGACUCCACCCUCCCAUCACGCUCUGACCAAUCAGGUAAUGCCGGAGUAUUACGAAGUGAUUAAGACCCCGAUGGACCUGUCGAUGGUGAAGGGGAAGCUGGAGUCCAAGCAGAGCGCGGGGUACGCCAGCCUGGAGGAGUUCGUGGACGACGUGCGACUCAUCUUCAGGAACUGCGCCGAGUUCAACGAGGCAGAGACUGAGGUCGCAGCCGCGGGUAAGAACCUGGAGACGUAUUUUGAGGAGCAGCUGAAGAUCAUGUUCCCCGAUCGCACCAUUCCUGAGGUGAAAGCCGAGGUGGUGGGGCCUGCAUUUCCCCCAGCGCCCGGCGAGGAGGAAGCCACGCCCGCCAAGAGGCCCCGUAUGUCCUCCCCCGAGUCCCAGGACACCCCCACCCCGGCAGAAAUGCCCACUGAAGACACGCCCACUGAAGACACACCUGUGGGAAAGGAAUCCACUGAAGACACGCCCACUGAAGACACACCUGUGGGAAAGGAAUCCACUGAAGACACGCCCGCUGAAGAUGCACCUGUGGGAAAGGAAUCCACUGAAGACAAGCCCACUGAAGACACACCUGUGGAAAUGGAAUCCACUGAAGACAAGCCCACUGAAGACACACCUGUGGAAAUGGAAUCCACUGAAGACAAGCCCACUGAAGACACACCUGUGGAAAUGGAAUCCACUGAAGACACGCCCGCUGAAGACACACCUGCUGGAGACACGCCCCCUGUAGACACACCCCCCAAAGACACGCCCCCUGAAGAUGCGCUCGCUGAAGAUGCGCUCGCUGAAGACAUACCUGCUGGAGACAUGGCCACUGAAGACACGCCCCCUGUAGCCACACCCCCCAAAGACACGCCCCCUGAAGACACGCCCCCUGAAGACACACCCCCUGAAGACGCGUCCAUCGAAGCUGUAUCCGUUGGGGACACUACUGCUGUUGACGCACCUGCAGAAGAUACAUCCACAGAAGACAAGUCAACCGGGGACACGCCUGUUGGUGACACACCCUCUGAGGACACGCCCUCAGUAGAGGAUAGCAAAGAGUAGUGAGAAAGUAGUGAGAAUUCCUCUGCUUGCUGAAUACCACACAAGAAAGUACUUCCCUUUUUAAAUACGUAAAUAAGUAGAACACAGUGGCACACAGCAGGACCUCUUGUCCUGGAAUUCAGAAACAAAAAAACCAGCAAGAACCGAUGCAGCGGCCAGCCGAGCCUGCGCCGAGGUCCGGCCGUGGAGUCAUUUUGCACAGGGUAACCCGGAGCCUUCUGGGGGGCGUUCUCCUGGGUCACCGCCUCCGAAACCCAGGUCCACAAAUCAGCUGCCUGCGGGCUUUGGUUGCCGUGGUGAUAACGGCAGUUUUGGCCAAUCCCAUGGCGAAAAAAUGCGACCGCAGUUGCACGUGUCCAUGAGCUGUCCAUAGGGGAACCAGUCAGGUGGCUGUCAUUAACACAGUGACAGUACUGUACUGUAUGUAUGUAUAUGUAUGAAUAAUUCAUGUAAGAAUAUGCAUUUGGUUGCAAAAUGUGGUGGAGUUAAAACAACAAAUGUUAACGGAGCUAAUCAUGAUUUAUGCGAUUUUAGUAAAUGGUAUGAGAUUAUCUUCAUCUUUUUUGUGAAAACCUGCAUGAAGCCUUUUUGCCGACUUCCUGUUUCUCCAAUCACGUGAAAGAGAAAAUUACCGAGCGACCCCACCUGGAACACCUUCUGUUCCCGUCCUUUGUGUUUACCAUUUCCUUUUAAGUGGACCUUUUGUGAGAGGAGAGCAGAAGAAUUUGGUGUGGAUUCCCAUCUGUACAGUGUGUCUUUUUCGGCAUGUCGGUGUCUGCAGAAAGUUCUGUGAACUCCAGUGUAAACGUCACACGCGUGUGUUAAGUCACUCUCAUCUGCGUGUAUUGGUCACUCUCUCUCUCCCACACGCGUGUAUCCGUCUCUCCCACGCACACCCGCAGGAGCGUAGACUAGAAUUUAUUAGAUAUCCAUUUUUACUUCCCCGUGUGGAUUGUACAGUACUUUUUACCUUAGUUACGCUGAGAUAUGAAACCUCAUGUGUGUUUAAAAAAAAUGUUCUGCAUGCAAGUCUACUUGCAGCUGUCUACAGGGUAAAAAUAAACUAAUUCUGAGAUCCAAAAUUGA